AUGCUCCGCGCCUGUCUUGCCGAUGACCGGCAGCACUACCAAGACGUUCUUUUCCUCGAGCGCUGCUCCAUGUUCGGUGUGCGCACAGCCCCAUCGAGCACGCUCCUCGCGACUCCGACGCUCAAUAACACCUCACAUAUCCUAUUCCUCUUCGGCACUGGGAAUCCAGCAUCGAGCUGCACCCCGACGUCAACACCAAGAAAAUGGCGGUAUACGGACCACGCUCGUGACGAACACCAGCACCACAGUCCUAAUCAGGGUCGCGGUGAGAAGCUCCUACUGUGCCUCUAUAGUCCGUCGAUUCUACACUCACCUUCAACUUCGUCUCGCUCACCUGUAAACUGA